UCUCUACCCACACUGACCGUUCUUGUUCCCCUGAUCUCGUUAGCUGGACUGUUUUACUCCGCCUCUGUAGAUGAAGAUUUUCCCCACGGUUGUACCAAGACCAGCAGCCUGUGCUUUUACAGUCUUCUUUUGCCAAUUACCAUACCAGUUUAUGUAUUCUUCCACCUCUGGACUUGGAUGGGUAUCAAGCUCUUCAGACACAAUUAAUGU